CCCGCAUUAUUUCUAUUCCCUCAGCACGUGCGCCCCACCCCCCUCCCUCUCUCUCUCUCUCUGGGCUUGCUUCGCAAGCGUCUGUUGGUACAAUUUCGAACGGAACUCUCUCUCUCUCUCUCUCUCUCUCUCUCUCAAAUAUAACAAACACGGAGAAAGGGAAAAGAGAGGGAGAGAAUCAUAUGAAGUUGGUGGCAGCGACGGGAUGAUGCAUGCGUACAAUCGGCUUCCGAGUAGCGGUCACAGCACGCCAUCGCCGCCGCAGUCGCCGCUCCGGUCGCCGAGGUACCGCCACGGAAAGUCCAAGUCCGGCCGCUUCCCGCAGACGCCGGGUCAGGCCCGGAGUUUCGCACAGCGCCUCGCCUGGGUUCUCCUUUCCGUUCUCCUCCGCCGACAGGGCAUCUUCCUCUUCGCUCCCCUCAUCUACAUCUCCGGCAUGCUUCUCUAUAUGGGUUCCGUUUCGUUUGACGUUGUUCCGAUCAUCAAGCACCGCCCCGCCACCGGCUCCGUUUACCGCAGCCCCCAGCUCUACGCGAAGCUCGGCCCCGAGAUGGCGGCCGAUAAUUCAACGGCCGAUGCGAUAUUAACCAUAUGGAAACACUCUGUUAAAGGUGGUGGGUGGAAACCAUGUAUAAACAAAUCUUCAGAAGGUUUACCUGAUUCUAAUGGUUAUCUGUUUGUUGAGGCAAAUGGUGGCUUGAAUCAGCAGAGGACAUCGAUAUGCAAUGCAGUUGCAGUGGCAGGCUAUCUAAAUGCAACCCUCGUAAUCCCCAAUUUUCAUUAUCAUAGCAUUUGGAGAGAUCCUAGCAAGUUCAAAGAUAUUUAUGACGAGGAGCAUUUCAUUAGCAGUUUAGAAAAUGAUGUCCGAGUGGUCACUAAGAUUCCUGAGUACUUAAUGGAGCGUUUUGACAAUAACAUGAGCAAUGUUUACAACUUCAGAAUUAAAGCAUGGGCAUCCAUUCAGUACUAUAGAGAUGCAGUCCUCCCAAGGCUUCUUGAAGAGAGGGUCAUAAGGAUCUCUCCUUUCGCAAAUAGAUUGUCUUUUGAUGCUCCUCCAGCUGUUCAACGGCUUAGAUGCUUGGCGAAUUAUGAAGCUCUAAAGUUUUCAAAUCCUAUUUUAACUCUGGGUGAAACAUUGGUGGCAAGAAUGAGAGAACGCAGCACAAAUGAUAGUGGAAAAUACAUUUCCGUGCAUCUUCGGUUUGAGGAGGAUAUGGUUGCUUUUUCAUGUUGCAUAUUUGAUGGCGGACAGCAAGAGAAAGAGGACAUGAAUGCAGCUAGAGAAAGAGGUUGGAGAGGGAAGUUUACAAAACCAGGUCGUGUUAUACGUCCUGGAGCAAUCAGGAUAAAUGGAAAAUGUCCACUCACUCCUUUGGAGGUUGGCUUGAUGCUUAGGGGAAUGGGAUUUGAUAAAAGUACAUCUAUCUAUUUGGCGUCAGGAAAGAUAUACAAUUCUGAGAAAAAUAUGGCUCCACUAUUGGAAAUGUUUCCCCUUCUACAAACUAAAGAGAUGUUGGCAUCUGACGAGGAGCUUGCUCCAUAUAAGAACUAUUCUUCCAGGAUGGCUGCCAUAGAUUACACUGUUUGCCUCCACAGUGAAGUAUUUGUGACAACCCAAGGUGGAAAUUUCCCUCAUUUUCUUAUGGGCCACAGAAGAUACUUGUAUGGUGGACACUCCAAGACAAUCAAGCCUGAUAAACGAAAGUUAGCAUUAUUGUUUGAUAAUCCAAAUAUCGGAUGGAAAUCCUUCAAGCGUCAAAUGCUGAACAUGCGAGCACAUAGUGAUUCCAAGGGAAUCGAGCUCAAAAGGCCGAAUGAUUCGAUAUAUACAUUUCCAUGCCCAGAUUGCAUGUGCCGCACAAACAAAUCUGAAGAUUCAAGAUCAUCAUCAGCCACGUGACUUGCUUGGUGGAAGUGGUUUUGUUGGAUGAUUUUUUAUCCUGUUUUUGUGAGGGACAUCUAGGUGCUGACCCCACCAUUGAUAAAUUUUGAUCCUGUAAUUUUGUGACGUACCUCUAAUCACUGACUGCCCCGCCACUCCUCACCCCCCACCCUGCCCCCAAUUAUUUGUUGUAAUUCUUUCAUUCUUUUUUUUUUUGCCUUCCCAUUUACCCUUCAUUUUUGGGCUUUGGGAGACAAGUUGAUAAUUAUUUGUGGGAGUGGGUUGAGGGAAGUUACAUCUUUUUGUACAUGAUGCUGGAAGAGAGAACAGAAGCGAAAAAUCUGUGUUGCUGGAGCUAUCUGGGCAUUAACAUUCCGUUGGCUGAUGUAUUGUGUAGAUGGUGCGGCUAUCAGGCUGCAAAAUGACACUUGGCAUUCUUCCGGCCUGGGUUCUCCGAAGCUUGUACAUUGUUUUGAUUUUGAUCGGACUGUCAGAAUAUUUGUACAUUUAUCACAACCUAGGCAAUGAUUGUUUCCCCUAUAUUUUGCCUUUUUCCUCCUUGGGAAUUCCCUUGCUAGCCAUCUUGAUGGUUUUGUAAGCAAUAGUCUCUUAUAGAACUGUACUCAUCCAUUCCCUUAAUUUCAUUUUCUCAAUUUGGGCUGUUAGAAGAGUAGAAUUGUAUUCUUGGUUCACUUGUACAAAAAGACAUAUUUAUGUAGUCUUCUAUAUAAUCAGCUUCGAUUA